AUGGACAAGAGGGAUAAGCCCAAGGGAGGGGCCGCUGCGCGGACGCCAGCUUCUCGUCCCCCUGGCCUUCCGACUCCUAGGCCCCCAGGGUCUCCUCGGCCUCCUCCCCCAGUAACCACUGCAGCCCUUAAACUUCUGGGAGCAGCAGGAGCUUUGGGGCGAAGGCCCCAGACAGAGCGAGCCGUUGGCGGCGGCAGAGCCGCCCCUCCACAGGCUGCUGCCGGAGUAGGACCGACACGGAGCGCUGUGGCAGGUCCCCGGAGCCCAGCCUCCAGACCCCUAGCUGCUGGGAGAGGGGAGAAAGCCCCAGCCAAGAGCCCCAGCCAGGCCUCUAUCUCUAGCCCCGGGCGUGCCAGCGGGACUACCAGGCCAGGCCAUGUUGGUCAGAAGGGACCCCGUCCACCCUCUGAGGAAACUGUGGCCAGAGGAAAAGCCCCAGAGGCACCCAAAAAGAGUGCUCUGAGCUCAGGGGCCCGAAGAGACUCUUCAGGGCCCACUUCAGGAGCCCCCUCUCCGGCCAUCGCCCGUCGGUCCAGGGCUACAGCCUCAGAGGUGGGACUCCCUCGACCAUCUACGAGUGCGAGGCCGCGGCCCCUGUUGGAGGCGUCCAGGAAAUCAGUGGGGAGUGCUGUAGAGUCCCUGGCGGCAGCGUCCAGGAAAUCAGUGGGCAGUGCUGCAGACCACUGUGCUACGGAGCCCAGCCCAGGCACCAGGAGGAGACCCAGCGCUGGUGUCGGCCUCCAGAAGCCGCCCUCGCGUCCCCUGGGCUCCAGUGCUAACCCUCUGUCCUCCCCAGCCCGCUCUGGGACAUCUCCCCGCGGAACACUCCGGGCUCCUGCGUAUACCUCGCAGCCCAAAUCGAAAGGGCAGCAGGCUCUACGCCCCCCGCAGGCCGCAAUCCCAAGAAAAGAGGCAGCCUCUGUGCAGGGUCUGCUUUCUACUUCUUUGGCCAAGCCUUCUCCACCUGGUGCCACCGCCGGACAGCCACCGUCUCCUCACGUGUCAGGGACUCCUCAGCAGGCCACACUCCCUCCCUCUCCACCCACAACGCCCCCUCCAUCCACCUCUCUCCAUCUUCAGGCCCUGCCCUCCCCUCAGGCCACGUCCAACUCACAGGACCUAAACAGUCCAUUGGCCACGGCCCUCCCACUAUCCCCUUCUGCUCCUCUCUCUCUGGAGACCCUCCCCUCCCCGCCGGCCACGCCCCCCUUGCAAGCUCCACCUACACACCCUGGUUUCUUCCGUUUUCCCCCCUAUUCCGAUUCCCUUGUCCACAUCUACUUUGUCUGCUUCUCUACCUUUAGCCACAUCCCCUCCAAAAGUCCCUCCUCCAGUAUCUCCGCAGAAUUUGCCUUCUCCCCUUGCCACGCCCUCUCUGUCCACCUUUUGCACUCUGACCACGCCCCUUCAGCAGAGUCCUCCAGUUUCUCCUCCCCUGGUCACGCCCUCUCCACAGGCUCCGCCUUGCCUGGCAUCGCCCUCUUCCCUGGUCAAGCUUCCUCUGUGCACCCCACCUUCUAUGACCUUGCCUUCUUUACAGGCCAUUCCCUCUCCCGUGACCAUGCGACCUCAUCACCUCCUCUAUUUCCUUUGGCUACGCCCCCUCCACAGGCCCCACCUUCUCUGGUCUCGCCCCCUCCCUCCCCCCUCACUACGCCCCCUCCACAGAUCCCGCCCUCUCCCCUGACCACGCCCCCCGCGCAGGCCCCGCCUUGCCUGGCCUCGCCCCUUCUGCAGGCCCCUUCCUCUCCCCCUGCCUCACCCCCACUGCAGGCCCCACGCCGACCCCCGACCCCAGGUCCAGAUGCCUCCAUCUCGGGCCCACGGCUGACUCUGGCGCUGGCUCCAGCCCCGCCGCCACCACCUUCGCGCAGCCCGUCCAGUACACUAAGUGGCCCGGACCUGGCCGGGCACAGCAGCAGCGCCACUAGCACCCCCGAGGAGCUGCGCGGCUACGACAGCGGGCCCGAGGGCGGCGUCGCAGCCUCCCCGCCCGCAGACGCAGAGCUCGCCGCCUGCCACCCGGCCGCCUGGAGCCGAGGUCCUGCUCCGCCGCUGGCAGUCCGCUGCGCCCCAGGAGUUCCUUUGCCGUGGACUCCUUCUGCGGGCCCGGGCUCCGCUGACGGCCUGUGCACCAUCUACGAGGCUGAAGGGCCCGAGUCGGCGACCCCUACUCCAGGCGAAUUGGAUCCGGGACCCGGGUCUGGCGCCGGCUCUGGGAAGGUGGGGGCUGGGGCGGGGGCGGGGGCGGGGGCGGGGGCGUCCUCGCGGGGCCCGAAGCCGGCGCGCCUGGGUGAGCUGCCGCUGGGGGCGCUGCAGGCGAGCGUCGUGCAGCACCUGCUGAGCCGGACGCUGCUGCUGGCUGCGGCCGAGGGUGCCGCGGGAGGCAGCGGCGGCGGCGGCCCAGGGGGUGAAGGGGGUGGUGGCAUCACGGGGGGUUCCCGGGCUCCGCUCAGCGACGCCGAACUGGGCCGCUGGGCCGAACUGCUGUCUCCCUUGGACGAGUCCCGUGCCAGCAUCACCUCGGUCACCAGCUUCUCCCCGGACGACGUGGCCUCUCCACAGGGUGACUGGACUGUGGUGGAAGUGGAGACUUUCCACUGAGCCAGACAUCAGCUCUGCCCACCACACCUACUCCUGUUUUAGGAUCCGCCCCUCCGGUUACGCCCCUUUUGUCUUAGACCCCUCUUCCCCAACUCUUAGGCCCCGGCUUUCGUUGAAUGGUUUUAUCCCUAGAGCCCAAGUUUUUGGGUCCAGGCUUGGUCCCUGUCUUUGGCUUAGGCUCCGGACCGACAUCUUGGU